GUAUGGGGCCGCCUCCGAAACAAAUCAACCCUUCAAUGGCAUCUUCCUCAUCGUCUUUUCACUCCACUCCUCCCUCUUCUUCUUCUCAAUCGCGGAAACAUGAUGUUUUUCUAAGUUUUAGAGGAACAGACGUUCGCAACAACUUUGUGGAUCAUCUCUAUUCGGUUCUUGUACAACAAGGAAUCUACACCUACAAGGAUGACCAAGCACUUCCCCGAGGCGAAACCAUCGGACCAUCGCUUUUGAAGGCUAUUGAAGAAUCACAGAUUGCUAUCAUCGUUUUCUCUGAAAACUACGCGGAUUCUUCUUGGUGCUUGCAAGAACUUGCACAUAUCAUGAAAUGCAAAGAUGAGAUAGGCCUAAUUGUUAUGCCCAUUUUCUAUCACAUCGAUCCCUCUGAACUCCGAAAGCAAAAGGGGAAAUAUGGAGCAGCACUUGCCAAACAUGAGUCAAAGGACAAAAACGUUGAAUCUUGGAGAAAAGCACUUGUGGAUGUGGGGAACCUAUCUGGAGAUGUCGCCAAUGGGCCCGAGACAAUAUUCAUCAAACAAAUUGUUGACACCAUUUCAAAUAAACUGUCUUCGGCAAUUUCAAGCGACAAUCAAGACUUGAUUGGAAUAAAGGCUCGCCUGCAAAAUCUGAAAUCUAAGAUGGAAAUGGAAUCAGAUGGUGUACUGAUGGUAGGCAUAUGGGGGCUUGGCGGUGGUGGCAAGACUACUCUUGCAUCUGCUCUWUAUGAUGAAAUCUCUAGCAAGUUUGAUGGUUCCUGCUUUCUAAAAGAUGUUCGGGAAGAAUCAAGAAAGCAUGGUUUGGAAGAACUGCAAGGAAAAAUUMUCUCAAUUMUUUUGAAACAAAAAAGAGAUGAAGUAGUUGGAGAUGUAGGAAGCUUGAUAAAGAGUAGGUUCCGCCGUAAAAAGGUCCUGAUGGUUCUUGAUGAUGUGGAUCAUGCUAACCAGCUAAAGGAGUUGGCUGGAUCAGAGGCUUGGUUUGGUAAAGGAAGCCGAAUAAUAGUCACAACGAGAGAUAAUCAUUUGUUAAAUGCUCGCAAAGUAAACGUGAUAUACAAUAUCAGCUUGUUAAAUGAUGAUGAGGCUAUUAAGCUCUUUUACAAGCAUGCACCUCGUGAUCAUAGACCCAUAGAAGACUAUGAKAUGCUUUCAAAAGAUGUAGUCUCUUAUGCUGGUGGGCUCCCGUUGGCACUUAAAGUUCUAGGUUCUUUUCUAUGUGACAAAGACAUAAGUGAGUGGACGAGUGCUUUGGCCAGACUAAAAGAGAUCCCAGAGAGUGAUAUUGUAGAAAAGCUAAAAAUUAGCUACGAUGGACUUAAACCUGUGGAGAAAGAGUUGUUCCUAGAUAUUGCAUGUUUCUUUAGGGGAAAAGAGAAAGAUGAGGCAAUGGUGAUAUUUGAUGCUUGUGGUUUUCACCCUAUCAUAGGGGUAAAGGUGUUGACACAAAAGUCUCUCAUAACUGUGUCAGAAGAAGGAACGCUCGAUAUGCAUGAUCUGAUACAAGAAAUGGGACAUUACAUCGUUAGAAGAGAAAAUCCUAAAAAUCCAGAAUUACACAGCAGGGUUUGGCAGUUGGAAGAUGUUGUAAAAAUAUGUGGUAUGGAUGCAAUGAAGGAAAAUGACAGGAUUAAAGCAUUAAAAGCUUGGUUUUGGUCGGACAAAGAGGUUCCUCCCAGUUUUCCCGAGGUUGUUGGUAACAUGAAGAGACUUCGGUGGAUUUCUUUGCUUGGCUAUUCAUCAACUUCAUUGCCAAGAGAAUUUCAACCAAUGGAGCUUUGUUGUCUACGAUUGGAACGGAGCUUGGUAGUGCAACUUUGGGAGGGUUAUAAGUGUCGUUAG